AUGAAGUCAACAAUAAUGCAUGAAUUAAAACCUGAUAUGAAACGAGACAACUUAUUAUUUUUAGCCCGUUUAUCAUAAUAAACUGAAAGAUUUCCUGAAAUGUUAGAAUACAUGAAACGUAUAAUAUAAUAACCUUAAAUUGAAUUAACAAAAGAUGAAAGAAAUCUUUUGAGUACAUCUUAUAAAAGCAUAGUAGGAUCAAAACGUGCUGAAAUACGUGUAUUAGAUGCAAUAUUUGAAAAAGAGAAAAGACAAGAUUAACAGAGUACUAAUCUGCAAUAUAUAAUAAAAUAUAAGUAAAAAGUUGAAAGGGAAAUAUUUUAAAACUGUGAAGAUUUGAUAGCAAUUAUAGAUUAAAUUUUACUUCCAAAUGUUAAAUGUUUAGAAUCGAAAGUCUUUUAUUUAAAAAUAAGAGGCGAUCAUUUUCGUUAUUAUGCAGAAUGUUUAAAAUCGAGAGCUUUAUAAUAAUAAGAUAACAAUAAUUCCGAAGUUGAAGAAGAAGCUCUAAACUCUUAUAGAGAAGCAAAUGAAAUUGCAAGAAUGAAUUUAGCCUCAACUGAUCCUAUUAGAUUAGCUCUCAUUUUAAAUAUGAGUGUUUAUUUUUUCGAAGUUUUGGAUAAAAUUCAUGAUGCUAUUAGAAUUGCUAAUAAUGCUUUUGAGGAAGCAAUCUAAAAUAUUGAUAAUGUUAAUGAAGAAAAUUAUAAAGACUCAACGCUUAUUAUGUAGUUGUUAAGAGAUAAUAUCUAAUUAUGGACAGAUCUUUUAUAAUAAUAAUAAAAUUAAGAAGAUUAAUGA